AUGAAGAAAAACCCUUGCCGACUGAUACUGACCGCAUCAUGUCCAUCAAGGCAGCGCUUCUCCACAGCGGAGGCCGCGGUUCCUCCAGCUGUGGUUUCUCCGCGACAAUCGGAAAAGCUGUAUCAUAAACUGUCGGCUUUAGGAGCGACGGGAGGCAGUGUAUCAAGGACGUUAAAUGAGCACAUAAUGGAAGGAAAAACAAUAACUAAAAUAGAACUCUCUCGUUGCAUUAGAGAGCUACGAAAGUAUCGAAGAUUCGAUCACGCCUUUGAGAUAAUGGAAUGGAUGGAGAAGCGGAAAAUGAAUUUUUCUUACGCAGACCGUGCAAUACGAUUAGAUCUUAUAGGAAAAGCCAGAGGUAUAGCUGCAGCUGAGGAUUACUUUAAUGGACUUUCACCUUCUGCCAAAAAUCACCACACGAGUUAUGGAGCUCUUUUGAAUUGUUAUUGUAAGGAACUUAUGUCUGAUAAGGCAUUAGCUCUUUUUCAAGAAAUGGAUGAAAAAAAGUUUCUUUACUCUUCUUUACCUUUUAACAAUCUCAUGUCAAUGUACAUGAGAUUAGGCCAACCUGAGAAAGUCCCUCCUUUAGUAGAUGAGAUGAAGAAGAGGAAAGUUUCUCCGUGUUCUUUUACUUAUAAUAUUUGGAUGCAGAGUUAUGGAUGUUUGAAUGAUUUUCAGGGGGUAGACAGGGUUCUUCGUGAGAUCGUAAAUGAUGGCGGUAAGGAUAAUUUGCAGUGGACGACUUACAGUAAUUUGGCUACAAUUUAUCUCAAGGCUGGUAUUUUUGAGAAAGCUGAAUCAGCUCUUAAAAAAUUAGAGGCAAUAAUGGGUUUUCGGAAUCGGGAGGCUUAUCAUUUUCUGAUUAGCAUAUAUGCCGGUACUGGUAAUUCAAAUGAGGUCAAUCGAGUGUGGGGAUUGCUGAAAUCAAGCUUUAAUAUGAUUAACAAUUUGAGUUACCUUGUGAUGCUUCAGGCACUUGCCAAAUUGAAAGAUGUUGAGGGUGUUGCAAAGUGUUUCAGGGAGUGGGAAUCUGGAUGCACUAAUUAUGAUAUGAGGAUAGCAAAUGUUGCUAUAAGGGUAUUUCUACAGCACGACAUGUAUGAAGAAGCUGAAUUGAUAUUUGAUGAUGCCCUUAAGAGGACUAGAGGACCUUUCUUCAAGGCUCGAGAGAGGUUUAUGCUUUUCUUCUUGAAGAUUCAUCAGCUCGACUUGGCUUUGAAGCAUAUGAGAGCAGCUUUUUCUGAAUCUGAGAAGCAUGAGUGGAAGCCGCUUCAAGAAACAGUGAAUGCGUAUUUUGAUUAUUUCCGCACAGAGAAAGAUGUUGAUGGGGCUGAGAAGCUCUCCAAGAUUUUGAAGCAUAUUAAUUGUCUCAAUUCCAGUGUCUACAGUUUGCUGCUUAAGACUUACAUAGCUGCUGGCAAACUGGCUCCUGAGAUGCGGCAGAGGCUGGAGGAAGAUAAUAUUGAAAUUAGCGAUGAGCUUGAGUACUUGCUUGAAAGUGUCUGUCCCAAAUGAAUAACAAUUAUUGGGUUCUCAGAAGAAAUUGUUGUCGUCAACCUUUAGAAGUUGGUUGAUGUCAAAUUUGAUCCAUCAGAUGCGCAACAACCUUUUCUUUAGUCAUCGAAGCAACAACCUUUCAGCGGUUAAUUUGUGGAUUAGACAUGCUGUUUGCAAAUUCUUCACUUCAACAAAUUCACGGAAGAGGCCAAGAAAAAGGAUAAAGAAAGAAGAAAUUAGAUGAAAAGAGCAAUGUUUUAAAUUAAAGCCAGGCGGAAAACUUUAAUCACAAUAAUAGACAUUCAUCAAAAAUUCAUUUUCUUCUUCUUUU